UCAGCUCCAUUGUUGGUUGUUGCUUUGGGUUCGAUGUGAGAAUCCGAUACGCUGUAAAAAUGAGUUUUUGCAGCAGAUUGGGGAAUUUUUUAUUUCGGUGUGUUACUGAAAUUGGGUGGUUGAUGAUUAGUGAAUUUUUUGAUCCCAUCAGCUAUCCCAGCAAGCAUGGGAAUAUGAAUAAAGUAUACUGCAGCAAACACGGGAUGAAUCCUUGCCCUGCUUACCUAACGGGCACUAAACUUCACCAUUUCAAGUUCCCUCGAAACGCAGACGCCGGCGGAAAUCGCUGUGGCACAUACCUGAUAGAACUGCUUGCAUGGGGGAAAGUUACUCUGCAGAAUGAAGUGUCGUGUCGUGGAUCAAGUGUUUUAAGGAAGAAGGAUGGUCCUUUUUAAGGAUUGAAUCCUCUUCAAAUGGGAUCAACUCAACUAUAUCCAAGAUUGUCCGCAUGUUCGGUUAACUGCUUUAAUUUAUCACAAAGGUGGUAUUGUUGUAAGAUGUGAAUAUAAUAAUGGGAGGGUUGUAGACAGUUUUCCUGAUUACUAUUUGGUUUCCUUCUCCUGUUGCAACCUCACAUUUUCUUGAAACAUUUGAGUUGUUGAGGUUGUCAAUUUAUUUUAAUUCUUUUCUGUAAAUCUGAACAUUCAUGUGAACAGUAGGAACUCAAUAGAUAGAUUCUAAGAAACUUGCUAUGCUUUGACAUUCAAGUACAGGAGAACUUUGUGCAGAUGUAGUCGGUGCAAAUAACUUACACUAUGUAAAGAAAUUUGUUUUAUAUUGUAACUUUCAGUUUGAAGAUGCUCAAGGCCAUGAAGCACCUUAUCCAAACAUCCUCUAUUUAAAGUAUUUAACCAAAAGUAAAAAAAUAAAAAAAUAAAAAUCUUCUAUUUAAAGU